GCCCAGGAGAAGGGGGGCGGAUGGCGCCGUCGACGGCUCGCUGGACCGGCGACCCCCACGGUGGACGGCCACCCCGCUGCGGCCUUGGCCUCCGUGCCCGCUGAGCGGGGGCGAGAGCAAGGCGUAAGGGACACAGUCCUGGCAGUGAGUCCUUAGCGAGCGCCCGGCUCCUGCUGGCUGGCCUUGAGGUCCACGCGGCCGGGCAGGGAAACCAGGGUGUUGGAGAAGGGGGGAGGUUGUCCAUCGCCGCCAUGGACUCCCUGGCUGCGCCCCAGGACCGCCUGGUGGAGCAGCUGUUGUCACCGCGGACCCAGGCCCAGCGGCGGCUCAAGGACAUUGACAAGCAGUAUGUGGGCUUUGCCACGCUGCCCAACCAGGUGCACCGCAAGUCGGUAAAGAAGGGCUUUGACUUCACGCUCAUGGUGGCCGGUGAGUCCGGCUUGGGCAAGUCCACACUGGUCCACAGCCUUUUCCUGACUGACCUGUACAAGGACCGGAAGCUGCUCAGUGCCGAGGAGCGCAUCAACCAGACGGUGGAGAUCCUGAAACACACGGUGGACAUCGAGGAGAAGGGUGUCAAGCUAAAGCUCACCAUCGUGGACACGCCGGGCUUCGGCGACGCGGUCAACAACUCCGAGUGCUGGAAACCCAUCACCGACUAUGUGGACCAGCAGUUCGAGCAGUACUUCCGGGAUGAGAGCGGCCUCAACCGCAAGAACAUCCAGGAUAACAGGGUGCACUGCUGUCUCUACUUCAUCUCUCCGUUUGGGCAUGGGCUGCGUCCAGUGGACGUGGGCUUCAUGAAGGCCUUGCAUGAGAAAGUCAACAUCGUGCCACUCAUCGCCAAAGCCGACUGCCUCGUGCCCAGCGAGAUCCGGAAGCUAAAGGAACGGAUCCGAGAGGAGAUUGACAAAUUCGGGAUCCACGUGUACCAGUUCCCUGAGUGUGACUCUGAUGAGGAUGAAGACUUCAAGCAGCAGGACCGAGAACUGAAGGAAAGUGCCCCUUUUGCAGUCAUUGGCAGUAACACGGUGGUGGAGGCCAAGGGGCAGCGUGUCCGAGGGCGGCUGUACCCCUGGGGCAUCGUAGAGGUGGAGAACCAGGCGCACUGCGACUUCGUGAAGCUGCGCAACAUGCUCAUCCGCACACACAUGCACGACCUCAAGGACGUGACGUGCGACGUGCACUAUGAGAACUACCGAGCGCACUGCAUCCAGCAGAUGACCAGCAAACUGACCCAGGACAGCCGCAUGGAGAGUCCGAUCCCCAUCCUGCCCCUGCCCACCCCCGACGCUGAGACGGAAAAGCUCAUUAGGAUGAAGGAUGAGGAGCUGAGGCGCAUGCAGGAGAUGCUACAGAAGAUGAAGCAGCAGAUGCAGGACCAGUGACCUCGCCCCUCCCCCACGCCGUCUUGGCUCCCACCCCUGAACCCCAGACAGGCCUGGCCUCCCGCCCCAGGAUUCGCUGGGAUCUAGGUCUGGCCUGGACCCAAGCCCAGAGCGGCCCCUGACCUGACUGUUCCCAACCG